UACGUGCUUCCUGCUGCUGUGACAACGCCCUCAUCCUUCUUCUGCUACUUCAUUUCAUCUUACGCACUUCACCAGACUAAUCUCAGUACUUUAAAAUCCUACUUACAGUUUGUGCUGAAAUGAACAACAGAUAUCAUCGAGCAGCGCAAGAUGGUCAUGUGACUUUACUGAAUGAAGCCACCAGGAAAGAGCUGAAUGCUGAGGAUGAAGAUGGUAUGACCCCGGUGCUCUGGGCGGCUCAUCACGGCAACCUGGAGGCUCUGAGAGUGAUGCUGGGGCGAGGCGGUGAACCGGAUAAGUGUGAUAUCUGGGGAAACACUCCUCUUCACCUGGCCGCAGCCAACGGCCACCUCGACUGCCUUUCCUUCCUCGUGUCAUUCGGUGCCAAUGUGUGGUGUUUAGACAAUGACUACCAUACGCCGCUGGACAUGGCCGCCAUGCGAGGACACAUGGACACUGUGCGGUAUCUGGACUCUGUCGCUGCCAAGCAGAGCACCCUCAACCCCAAGCUGGUGAGAAAGCUGAAGGAGCGAGCAUUCCAUAACGCAGAGCAACGCAUUAAACACUGCGCAGAACUGCAGCACGAAAACCAGCGGCGCAUGGAGAAAAAAUUCCUGAAAGAGACUGUGGAUUCGGGCGCAUCCGGGUCCGUGAGAUUCUCCGUGAGCUAUGGCCGCAAAAUCCCACAAUUCAACACUGUUAACUCCAGCAUCAGCUACACACAGGCCACGCUGAACUCCAAAGGUAGGACAAAGUUCCCAAAGUGUCUGAAGAAGAAGAAGCAGGCCGAUGACACCUUUAAGAUCUCUGAAGAUGGAAGGAAAAGUGUGCGCUCCCUUUCUGGGCUUCAGCUGGGGAACGACGUGAUGUUCCUGAAGCAGCAGACGUACGCAAACCCUCGUCGCCGACUCCACGUUCGCAACAUGUUCCCUCAAAACCCGAAUGAUGAAUGUGACGAUGACGAGGAUGAUGAUGUGGCCGUGGUUUCUCAUGCAGUGAGUGAUCCAGGUUUGUAUAAUGACCUGGGACAGCGCUCUCUAUUCUCCCGGCCUGGUCUCGGGACUCUUGUUUUCCGACGGAAUUACGGCAGUGAUGGAGUUCAGGAAGAUGAUUCGUACAGUGUUGAAGGUCAGGUGUCAUCAUGGAGAGAACAGAAUAUUCAUUUCAGAGAGGGCAUAUGUCUCCGACGUCCCAGCCUGGAUCAGGACACCAUCAGCAACAGACUCUUAAAGGUACAAAAACAUACAAACCUACAGCAGAGAGAGUGGCGUGAAAAUAUAAAUCUACCUGCUGAAACGUCUUGUUUUUAUCUGACAAAUAAAAACAGAAUAACGUGGUUCACACUAACAGAAUCUUUUCUUAUCCAUUUCUUAUCUGCUUUUCCAUGAAUUUCUCACUAGGAACAAGUCGAUGGUGUCGGUUGUUAGUUUGUGUUUUGUAGGCGUGUGGCGACCUCUACUUGUAGCUUUUAAAAAUUCUGAUGUAUUGUCACGUGAUCUCCAAAAUUCCAAGAUGGAGGACUUUAU